CAACUCCGCGUGUUUCUCUGCCCAGGUCCAGCGCACCUACAACGCGGCCCGCCCGGAUAUGGCUGAAUCACAGCUGCUAAAGAACAUAGGGGAUGUGAUAGCAGGAGUGCUUCCGGACCUUCCUGAUCAACUUGUUAAGUCCGUUGAAGAUACUUUGAAAACACUUGGUGCAGCAACCACAGAUAAUUUAAAGAACAUGACAGAAAACGAUUUGCUGCCAGUGUUAAAGCCCAUACAAGCACGAAGACUGGAUGCUGCCUGGACCCAAAAUAUCUCCGGGACUUCAACACCAAAAUCUGUGCAUUCAUCUCCAGUGGUUGUCUUUCCCUCUGCACCCUCAAUUUCUUCUUCACCAGCAUCAUCCACCUCUACAUCAUCUUCAGGAAUCUGUACACCAUUAAUACCAAACUGCUUAGAGCGAUUUGAAAUCCCAUGGCAGAGGCUCCCUGAGGAGUUAAUACAGAACUUGGAAAGACAGAAAAGACCAAGUGCAAGACAACGAAGAGAAAUGGUGAGGAUCGUGGUCUCUGAAAUGAUGAAGAUUUGCAAGAAUCCAACCAAACACAACUUCUCAAGCUUCAGACUGAAAGAGGUCAGUCCAGUGUUCGUUUCCAAGAAGUCAUUGAGAUGCUGCUUCUUUUACUGGCUCAUUUUGAUGAGAAGGAAGAGCUUCUGUUCCACUGUUUUGAGACGACAAGCCUUGCAGAGGAUGUUCAGAUGGAGAAAGUGCCACCAACACCUUUCAUUAUUGUUUGUGGUCAUGAUGGAGAACGGACGCUCAAAAGGCAUCGGGUGUGUGACGUUUUCAUCUCCUGAUGAGGCUCGAGUAGACAUCAUGGAGAUGAACGGCAGGGUGCUGGGCAGCAGGACUGUGUACUUAAGUCCCUCUCAGACCACCCAGGGACGAAGUCAUCGUGCUGUCGGUCUGUUCCACUGA